CUUCCCGCCCCGCCCCGCCCCGGAGCCGGGUCCGGAGUGCAUGGUGGGCUGAUUCCGGAGCGUGGAAGGGAGCACGGAGCACGGAAGCGACAGGGAGGCGGCGGCGGCAGCGGGAGGCGGGGAGGAGGGGGACCCUCCUCGCUGCUCUCCCAAGUCGGCGCGGAGCCGCCUCGGGCCGGGCCGAGGGCUGCGCGGCGGCGGCGGCGGGGCCCGGCCAGGAUGCGGGGCUCCCGGGACCGCGCGGGGAGGGGCGGGCGGCGGCGGCCGGCGGCGGGCGGGAGCUGUCCGCGGUGCUGAAGCGGCGGCGGCUCAGGGACGCGGGGCCGGGAGCAGGGGAGCCCUCCUGGGAGUUCCACCGCGACCGCGAGGCAGGGGAGCCGUCGUUCACCGGCCCAUGCCGAGCCCCCGAGCCCCGCGGAGGAGGCGGGACCGUCCGCGGCGGGACAGGCUCUGAGGACUGCUCGGCUGGCCAAGGCUCCCCUCCCCAGCAGCUGCCCCCAGAACCAUGGAAAGUCUGAGUGAACUACAGAACCCGCUGCUGCCCAGGAGCCCCUCCCACCUCCAUGGCCCCUAUCCCUACCCUGAGGCCCCACCCAGCUGGUCCUACCAGGAAAAGCUCUACUCCUACCUCCUAGGCGGCGCUGGGCCUGCUGGAGCUCACCAGCUCCUGGACCCAGGGUCCCUGCAGCUGGCCGUAGAGGCCUGGUACCGGCCCAGCUGCCUUCUGGGGAGAGACAAGGUGAAGGAGCCCAGGGCAGGCAGCUGUGAGACCAGCUUCACAGAGGACAGGGAGCCCCAGGAGGGGCCCCCAGAGCAGCCCACAGGACCUGGCCAAGCUGCAGAGAAUGUCACCAUCCAGACUGUGUCCUAUGGGGUACAAGAGGAGCUGCGGGACCAGGAGGACGACCAGGAGGAAGAGGAGAGCGAUGCCACUUCAACGGAGAGCGAAAGCGAAGACAACUUCCUCACGCUGCCUCCCAGGGACCACCUGGGCCUUACUCUCUUCUCCAUGCUCUGCUGCUUCUGGCCACUGGGCAUUGCUGCCUUCUACUUCUCCCAGGGGACCAGCAAGGCCAUCUCCAAAGGGGACUUCCGCCUGGCCAGCACCACCUCCCGCCGGGCCCUCUUCCUAGCCACACUCGCCAUCGCCGUGGGGGCCGGUCUCUACGUGGCCGUGGUGGUGGCUCUGGCAGCUUACAUGUCCCAGAACGGCCAUGGCUAGUAGCCAGUAGGGCCUGCAUCCUGACUCCCCUGCCCACCUAAGGAAGCAGUGGGGCUUGGGGUUGCAGACUCUAUGGAAAGGCCCAGCCCCUGAAGAUGAUCCCGGGAGAGUGGCUUGCUGAGGGGCAGACCCCCAUUCCACAGCCUGCAGAGUUCAGCCUUCACUUCUGCUUGCCCGCUGCUCCCAGCCCCAGAGCAGGGCCCGGGGCCCCACUCUCUAACCCAGGCUACAGACGGGAAGCAGAAGGCAGGGCUGCCCACCAGGCCAUCUCAGAGGGGCCUAGCUCAGUCCAUUCUGCCCAUUCCCUAGAAGAUCUCCUGCCCUACAGCCAGCCCACCACCUACCCUCCUAACCUCACCACAGAGAAAGAGCAGGAGGUUACGGGGAGGAAAGGGGGUACCCAGGGCACAAGGGGACCUGUCCCAAUCCUUUCAGCCCACAGGGAUCUUCACCUGGGGACAGCCUGAGCUUCCCCCAACUCCACUCUGGCCCCAUCAUGCCCAGACCUCAGCAGGCCAAGAAGGAAAUAUGUGGAGACAAGGCGGCCUCUUGCUGUCUCUGAUUCUACGGGGUGCUUAUCUCCCCAUGGGCUUGUGAGGCACUGUAGAUUCUAGAUAGGGAAGAGGAACCUCGGUGUGUAAACUCUGAACCAAGGGCAGGUUCUUGGAGCUUCUUUAUGUGGGUGCAAAAGGCAGUUGCAAUGACAGAGAGUCCUGAAAUAUUGCUGGACUACAUGAGUCUUCCUACUCUCCCCCCACUCCCCACCCCCAUCAUCCUUUUCUGGGCUUUGCCUGGGAGUCCAUGAGCUGGUGCCAUCACAAGUAGACUAGACCCAGAGAGUGCCCUCAGCUCACCAGCCACUGAGUGCAGGGCCCUAGGUCCAGCCCUGCAGAAAAUGCAACAAGGAGAGACCCUAGGGAGUAGUAUAGAUGAGGGAAGGGACUCAUGGAAGGAAUGGCCUGCUGAGUAGUCAGCGGUGCUUAGGAAGGCUUCCUGGAGGAGGUGUCCCUUGAGCAAGGCCUAGGAUGAAUAGAAUUCAUCUAAGGGAUUUGGUCACAUAAUUCUUUGUAUUUGUAGGCUGGGGUGUAGCAGGAGCCUUCCACAGGAAGCUUCCAGGCUGUUUGGAUUCUGCCUGGAACAUCCGGGCUGGAGUCAAACUACAGCCAUUCCUAAAGGUUCCACCAACUCAAGGAGGAACGUCAGGCCUGUCUCUCAAAGACCAAUGAUGUUUUCCCAUCUCUGAAUGCUAGGGGGUCAGUGGUGGGUACCUGGUUACCCCUGGGGCAUCUUCACUGAUACCUCUGCUCAGGGCCGCUCUCAACACCCUCAGCCACUAGGGCACAUCCAGAAUUUUAGAGACAUCCAGGUAGGCAAAGGGGGGAGCACUAAUGUGAGCAGGCCUGUCUGGACUCAAGCUACAGGCCCCUGCUGUGCAUGAUGUGGGAACCUGGUCAUUCCCAUGCCCCAUAUAGAACCCAGGGCUGUGGCUCCCCCACUGAGCAUCCCUUGUCCCACUGUCCUCCCCUGCCUUGGGCACUGCCCAGCCCUCCACUCCUGCAUCACAGCAGUUUUAAGAUCCCAUUAUUGUACUGAUUUAUCCUUGUAAUAAACGUUUCUGUAACA